AUGGCGAUCAAAAGAGUUGGGCGUUGCAAAGACAAACCCUUCAUGAAAUUCGUCAAAUUCUUAGGUAAAGGCUCUUACGGCUCCGUCGAUCUCUACCGUCACACAAAACAAGACGGCUCAACCUCCUUCACCGCCGCAAAGAUCUCCUCCGACCGUCGAACCAUCGAAAGAGAGUUUCGAGUUCUCUCCCAACUCAAAGGAUCUCCUGGCAUCGUCCGAGUGUUUAGCCCUACUCUCCACGAAGGCUUUGACUGUAUCGCAGACAAAGUCUACGAGAUGCCUAUGGAGUACGCUUCUGCUGGUUCUCUUUCCACUUUCAUCCGUGCUAACAAACAGUUAACGGAUUCGACCGUUAAAGACUCUACUCGGAUGAUACUUCAAGGUUUGGUCUCGGUUCAUAGUCACGGUUACGUCCACUGCGAUCUUAAACCGGAUAAUCUCCUUCUUUUCCCGGUUUACGAUCAGCAGACGUGGACUUACACUUACCAACUCAAGAUUGCUGAUUUUGGAUUGGCGUUGAAGGAAGGAGAGGAAGUUUCUGAUAAUUGGAGUUACCAUUCUCCCUUUGUGGGAACUCCUAUGUACAUGUCUCCUGAGUCGGUACGAGAUGGUACGGUCAAGAAAGCCCUAGAUUUGUGGUCUUUGGGUUGCGUUGUUCUCGAGAUGUACACUGGUAAGAGGCCGUGGUCUGAGUUUAGGAGUCUUUAUGAUCUUGAGGAUGUUUUGGUCGAGGAUAAUAGGGUACCUGAGAUUCCAGACACUGUGUCGUGUGAUGCAAGGCAGUUUUUGGACAAGUGUUUUGCGUUGAAACCUGAAGAUAGAGGAACCGCUUCUGAGUUGUUGUUGCAUCCGUUUCUGGUCGGAUGUGAUAAGAUAGUGUUGAGUAUGGAACCUCCAGCUAAAUUGGAAGAUAGUUGUGAUGCUACAAAGAAGGCAUUGAAAGUGAAGACUGUUUCAUCAAAGGUUCCACUGUUUAAGAGAGUAUCUAAUAAACCCCUGAAGCUGAAGAUUCUUCCUCCAAGACCUCCAAGUUCCACUUUUGUUCCCGUUCACUAG